AUGUCAACUGAAUUGCAAUUAAAAAUCAUCAAAGCAACAAAUAUUCAUGCUGCUGAUAGAUCUGGUACGAGUGAUCCCUAUUUAACUUGUUAUUUAAAAUCAGAGAAGGAAAAUGAUGCAAUCAAAACGUCAGUAAUCAAGGAGACUUUGAAUCCCGAAUGGAAUUUGAAUGUGAAAUUUACAUCUCUUCAGAAUGAUGAGCAGAUAAUGUUUCGGUUAUAUGACUGGAAUCGUUUUCAAUCAAAUGUAAGUCAAUUAGUUUAG